AUUGCAUGACGCGGGUGCAUUUACCUACAUGCAGGCAAUGCACACAUACACAUAAAAAUAAUAAAUAAAAUAUUAAAAAAGAAAAGAAACCAGUUUCCAUUAGACACUCCUUCAGGGGAAUGGGAAAGGAUGUGAGGCAUCACUUCAAGGACCAGGAAAGGACCAGGAAAGCUGCAGAACACAAACUACAACUCCCAGGGUAGCCUGAGAUCUCAGCAGGGAGAGAGGCGGGACUAAACUGUCACAGGAGGUGGGACCAGUCAAGAACCAGAGACAGCCUCCAGAAAAGGGGGUGGGCAUGUUGGGCAUCAGGAAGUUACCUGUUGAAUCUGUGCUUUCUCUUCCCCACCCUUUCAACUACACUUUAAAGAAAAGCUGCAUAAGCCUCUUCUGAAAAAGAGGUAAAGGGAAAUGGACAAAGGGUGGUGGUGAAGGCAGGCUACUGUAUUACCCAGGAGGGGUCAAAUAGCUAUUUUUUUACCUGCUGAGUCAGGUGAACCGAUUCACCAGGGCAUCAACCUGCAUGUAGGAAAAGGAGGAAGUUUUCCUUUGUUCAGUUUUCAAGCCUAAACUUAGAUCCACUUGUGAACUGUUUAUUGUAUUUGCUCUACCUCAGAAAGAGGAAAAAACUAAACUUUUGGGCAGCAAAGGAAAGGCCUAUCUAGGCUAACUCAGGUCUGUUUGCUCUAGCCCUAAACCAUAGAGACACAUGGCUUCCACGGUCUGGGGAGGUGCCCCCUGGUGGGGACCGCCACCCCCAGCCCCAGCCCGGCCGCUCACCGACAUCGAUUUCUGCUCUGGGGCACAGCUGCAGGAACUGACCCAGUUGAUUCAGGAGCUGGGUGUACAGGAGAGCUGGAACGAAGGGCCCAAGCCUGGAGCUGGCCUCCUCAGAGCCAAGGAUUUUGUCUUCUCUUUGCUUGGUUUGGUUCACCGCCAGGACCCCCGUUUUCCACCCCAGACAGAACUCUUGCUGCUUCGGGGUGGGAUUCGUGAGGGCUCCCUAGAUUUGGGGCAUGCACCCUUAGGUCCCUACACCCGGGGACCUCACUAUGAUGCUGGCUUCACACUCCUCGUGCCGGUGUUUUCCCUGGAUGGCACUGGGCCUGAGCUGAUUCUGGACCCGGAAUCCUGUUCCGCAUGGCUCCGCCUUCCAGAGCUGGCGUGCGGAACUUCGGUCUGGGAGACCUGGCAGGAUUGCCUAGGACCUCCUGUUCCAGGAGAAUGUGAUUUGAUUCACCAAACCCAUAGCAAAGAGAAUCCUAUAGACCAGCAAAGCUCUGUGGACCAAUCACACGAUUAUGUCUCCGAGCCUGAGCCACACCUAUCUUUGGAAAAAUCGGAAAAAUCGUCUAAUGACCUUUCAGGGUCCGAAUCGCCUCAUCAUGACGUCACCGACCUUGGCUCUCCGAAACCAUUGAAAACACUGAAUAGUGACGCCACAGAGGCAGCAGACGAAAGCCCAGUCCCAAAGCCGUCGGAGGCACGGAAGGAAUGGCCCACAUUGUGCCCGGCCCAAGUGGCUGCAUGGUUCUUCGUUAAGCUGGCUGGGGUCGCUGAAUCCCUCAUUCCGGUUCCUGGAGCCCCCAGGCUAGUUCACGCAGCUCGCCACGCGGGUAUCACCACGGUCCUCCUGGCCACGCCGGAGCCACCACGCCACCUCCUGCUCUUCGACCUGAUCCCGGUGGUGGCCGUGACAGGAUGGCCAGAUGGGGCUAGGAGCCACUCGUGGGCGGGUCCACUGGCCUCGGAGUCAGAGUCUUUUUACCUGGUGCCGGGCGGCGGCCUCGAGCAGCAGGGCAUCUCUGGAUGGCAGCUCUGCUUCGCCCGCCAGGAGCUGGCGCUCAAAGCGCGCAUCCCCGCGCCGCUGCUCCAGGCACACGCGGCUGCCCAGGCGCUGCUGCGCCCGCUGGUGGCCGGGACCCGGGCCGCCGCGCCCUACCUCCUGCGGACCUUGCUGUACUGGGCGUGCGAGCGGCUGCCUGCCCUCUACCUGGCGCGGCCGGAAAAUGCGGGCGCUUGUUGUCUUGGGCUGCUGGAUGAGCUGAGUCGAGUGCUCGAGGCCGGGAUGUUGCCUCAUUAUUUUCUGUGUGGCCGAAAGCUGCAAGUGGGAGAAGGGUCAGCUGCCCUGCGUGCGGCGUUGGCCCAGCUCCGCGGGGACCCUGCCCAGGCCCUGCGCGCAGCGGUGGAGGAAGCCAAAGUUGCCCGCAAGGGGGGCGGUUUAGCCGGCAUAGGGGGCGGGGUCCAUUAAAGAGU